AGCACUCUUAAUACUCAUUUGGUAUAUUAAUUUUGGCCUAAGCAACAUGGCCAACCUUUUAAAGAGUGUUUUGUUAUUCUGUGCCAUAUUUUAUGUGGUGUGUGCUAAACAUGAACAAUACGAAGGACACUCUCUUUACGAAGUCUUCGUGAAGAAUGCUGUGCAGACUAAAUUCAUCCAUGAACUGGAAAACCAGAUCCCUAUCCAAGUGUUCGUCUACGGACACACUGAAAAUCCAGGUCAGAUCCUCGUCUCCAAAGAGCUGAAGUCACAUUUUGAGGAACUCCUGGCAUCUAUGGAUGUGGAGUACAACAUCAAAGUAGCAAACGUAAGAGAGCAGUUGGAACUAGAAGACAAGUUGCUGGCUAAUGCUGCGUCAAAGCGUAGCAACAGGUCCAGUUCCAGAUUGGCUUUACCAUACGAUGAAAUUCACAGAUACCAAGUGGUCGACGACUACCUCGUCAGAUUGGGCAAUGCCUACCCCAAUCUGGUGAAAGUAGAAUCUGCUGGAAGUAGCUUAUUGGGCCGUGACAUGAAGUACCUGAAAAUCUCCACCACCAACUUUGAGGACAGAAGAAAGCCAGUAAUUUUCCUGAUGUCCCUGCUCCACGCCCGGGAGUGGGUCACUCUGCCAGCAACACUUUAUGCCAUUGAGAAACUGGUCAUCGACGUUACUGAUUCUGACCUAGUCAAUGACCUGGACUGGAUCAUUCUGCCAAUUGGCAACCCUGAUGGAUACGAACACAGUCACGAUGGUGAUCGUUUCUGGCGUAAAAACCGCCGCGAGGGCAUCAGCUCCUUCUGCAUGGGAGUCGACUUGAACAGGAACUUUGACGCGUGGUGGGGCACAGCUUCCAGUAAUAGCUGGUGCUUUGACACCUUCCACGGCGCUGGACCCUUCUCCGAACCUGAGACUGACAACAUCAGACGCAUCCUUGAAGAGCACGCUGACCGCAUCGAGCUUUUCAUUGACAUCCACAGCUUCGGCAGCAUGGUCUUAUUUGGCUUCGGAACUGGUCAGCUCCCUCCCAAUGCUCUCGCUCUUAACGUCGUCGGUGUGAACAUGGCUCAAGCUAUCGACAGAGUUAAGUGGCCUUCCAAACCUAAUUAUCAAGUUGGAAAUAUCGUUCACGUUUUAAGAUACACCGCAUCUGGUGGGUCCAGUGAUUAUGCCCAAGCUGGGGCAGGAAUUCCUUUGUCUUACACCUAUGAAUUGCCAGCAUUAAAUGGACAUACUACUUUAUUAGGUUUUCUAGUUGAUCCCGUGUUUAUUGAGCAAGCUGGAUUCGAGACUUUUGAAGGCAUUAAGGCUGGAGCCAGAUUCGUCCGCGACAUGUUGAGUAUGAAGAGAAACAAUUAAAUACAUUUUGAAUAUUG